GCAGUAUUUAUUAGUCAACAGUCAUCUUGCUCUCAGUCUCUAUGUUCGCAUUGUAAAAUUUCCACCAUCUCUUUCGACGAAGGAGAUGGUGGAAAUUUUUCAUUGUCCAUUUCUCCUCAACUCUGAAUAAUCUCAUAAGAAAAUUUGACAUAUAUACAUCCCAUAUCUCACCAACUCGCUCUUAUCUCUCCCUAACAAUGAACAAUCUUCUCCACUGCAUCGUUUUCACAGUCUUCUGCAUCUCAGUCUUCAUCCCUUCAUCUUACUGUAACGAUAAGCAGUUCGAGGAAUGCAGCAGCAUCUACCCUUUCUCAUGUGGGGCGAGUUUUGAGCUGAAUAUAUUUUAUCCUUUCUGGGGAUACGGCCGGCCUCGGAGGUGCGGUCGAGCUGAAUUCGAGCUCACAUGUGAAGAAGGCAGUAUUCACCCUGUGCUAAAAUAUUCACCCCAAAAGCUUCGAGUUUUAGGCAUCAACACAACUGAUCAAACUGUGACAAUUUUAAGAAAAGAUCUCCCUCGGAACUUUUCUUCUUGUUUUGACAGAGCCGAAGUUAGCGUCGAAUUCGACCGAUUUCUCCACAGCUACAGCUCAAACGUUCGAAACCUGAGCUUAUUCUAUAACUGCACUGAUGAAACCCAACUGGGUCCAUAUAAUUAUACUUGCCAUCAACAGGGAAGUGAAGAGAGGAGGGGCUUUUACACCAUUGAUGACGUGCCGGAGUAUUUUCUAAAUAUUACCGAUACUGUGACAUGUAGCGAGGUUACAAAAGUACCCAUUCAGCUCGAUAUUGACUCUUUCCUUAAGCUUGCACCUCCUGGGAACCUGGAAUGUUUGAGAGAAAUUUUAGAUAGGGGAUUAGAAGUCAAGUACGAUGCGAAGAACGGAUUCUGUUCGGCGUGCCAAUUGUCCGGUGGGAUAUGCGGAUCCAGUGAGUCGAAUCCGGGGGAAUUUGUGUGCCUUUGCCGUGAUAAACCUCACCGUCUUACUUGUCCUGGCAAUGAAGCACAAAUCAGUUUGAACCUAGGUUCAGGCAUUGCUUCUGCAAUAAUCGGAAUGACCAUCAUGAGUAUAAUCAUCUGCAUAUGCAGAAGGAAGAAAAUGUCAUCAAAUAUGUUAAAUUUCUUUCCCAAGGAUAUGACAAAGAAUGAUAAAGAUAUUGAGGCCUUCAUUCGAGAUUAUGGAUCUUUGGCUCCAAAAAGAUACAGCUUCUUAGAAGUUAAGAGGAUGACAAACUCAUUUAAAGAUAAGCUAGGCCAAGGAGGUUAUGGUGGUGUGUACAAAGGGAAGUCAUUAGAUGGAAAUAUUGUAGCAGUGAAGCUCUUAAAUGCUUCCAAAGGGAAUGGCCUAGAAUUCAUUAACGAAGUUAUAAGCAUUACUCGAACAUCUCAUGUUAAUGUUGUCAGACUACUGGGUUUUUGCUUAGAGGGCAACGAGAAAGCUCUUAUCUAUGAAUUCAUGAAGAAUGGUUCUCUAGAAAAAUUCAUAUACAACGAGAAAAAUUUGCAAGCUAGUCAAUGUUUAGAAUGGGAAAGAAUGUAUGAAAUUGCCAUCGGAAUAGCUCGAGGAUUAGAGUACUUACAUCGUGGUUGCAGCACAAGAAUUUUGCAUUUUGAUAUAAAACCUCACAACAUUCUUCUUGAUGAAAAUCUAUGUCCAAAGAUCUCUGAUUUUGGCCUUGCAAAAUUAUGCCUUAACAAGGAGAGCAUUGUGUCGAUGUUAGAGGCUAGGGGGACAAUUGGGUAUAUUGCUCCAGAAGUAUUUAUGCGAAACUUCGGAGAAGUUUCACAUAAGUCCGAUGUUUACAGUUACGGAAUGAUGAUCCUAGAGAUGGUUGGAGGAAGAAAGAGCCAAGAUAUUGAAGGUGCUCUUCAUUCCAGUGAAAAGUAUUUUCCGCAUUGGAUUUACAAGCAUGUUGAGCAAGGCAAAGAGUUAAAAUGGCAUGGGGCUAACAACAGUGAGAAAAAUGAAAUUGCGAAGAAGAUGAUUAUUGUUGGCUUAUGGUGCAUACAAACACGACCAUCGAAUAGGCCAUCCAUAAAUAAGGUAUUAGACUUGUUACAAGCAAGUUCUGAAGACUUGCCAAUUCCACCUGAGCCUUUUGAAUCUUCUCCUCCUAGAUUACAAGUAUUUUCUUCGACUAUAUCUAUGUGCAUUGCUUAUUCUUUAGACUCUGCAAGUGAUGAUGAUUCUCACUACUAUUCUUUUGCCGGUUUUGGCGAGGAAUUGUUUAAGAAUUAUUCCUGCAAGUCCUUCGUCUACGCCUCCCUGAAUGUCGAAACCGGCGCCGAUCUGUGGGAAAUGAAUUACAUUGAAAUUCUGAAGAUGGGUUUCCACCAUCUCUUUCGACGAAAGAGAUGGUGGAAAAUUUUCCUUGUCCAUUUCUCCUCAACUCUGAAUAAUCUUAUAAGAAAAUUUGACAUAUAUACAUCCCAUAUCUCACCAACUCGCUCUUAUCUCUCCCUAACAAUGAACAAUCUUCUCCACUGCAUCGUUUUCACAGUCUUCUGCAUCUCAGUCUUCAUCCCUUCAUCUCAUUGUAACGAUAAGCGGUUCGAGGAAUGCAGCCGCAUCUACCCUUUCUCAUGUGGGGCGAGUGUUGAGCUGAAUAUAUUUUAUCCUUUCUGGGGAUACGGCCGGCCUCGGAGGUGCGGUCGAGCUGAAUUCGAGCUCACAUGUGAAGAAGGCACUAUUCACCCUGUGCUAAAAUAUUCACCCCAAAAGCUUCAAGUUUUAGGCAUCAACACAACUGAUCAAACUUUGACAAUUUUAAGAAAAGAUCUCCCUUGGAACUUUUCUUCUUGUUUUGACAGAGCCGAAAAUAGCGUCGAAUUCGACCGAUUUCUCUACAGCUACAGCUCAAACGUUCGAAACCUGAGCUUAUUCUAUAACUGCACCGAUGAUACCCAACUGGGUCCACAUAAUUACAUUUGCCGUCAACAGGGACGCGAAGAGAAGAAGGGCUUUUACACCAUUGAUGACGAGCCGGAGAUUUUUCCAAAUUAUACCGAUACUGUGACAUGUAGCGAGGUUACAAAAGUCCCCAUUCAGCUCGAUAUUAAUGCACUGCUUAAGUCUGGACCUCGUGGGAACCUGGAAUGGCUGGGAGAAAUUUUAGAUAGGGGGUUAGAAGUGAAGUAUGAUGCAAAGAACGGACUCUGUUCGGAGUGCCAAUUGUCCGGUGGGUUAUGCGGAUCCAGUGAGUCGAAUCCGGGGGAAUUUGUGUGCCUUUGCCGUGAGAAACCUCACAUUCUUACCUGUCCUGGUAAAGGCCAUGAAGCGCAAAUCAGUUUGAACCUGGGUUCAGCCAUUAGUUCUGCAAUAAUUGGAAUGACUAUCAUGAGUAUAAUCAUCUGCAUAUGCAGAAAGAAGAAAAUGUCAUCAAAUAUGUCAAAUUUCCUUUCCAAGGAUAUGACAAAGAAUGAUAAAGAUAUUGAGGCCUUCAUUCGAGAUUAUGGAUCCCUAGCUCCCAAAAGAUACAGCUUCUCAGAAGUUGAGAGGAUGACAAACUCAUUUAAAGAUAAGCUAGGCCAAGGCGGUUAUGGUGGUGUGUACAAAGGGAAGUCAUUGGAUGGAAAUAUUGUAGCAGUGAAGCUCCUAAAUGCCUCCAAAGGGAAUGGUCAAGAAUUCAUUAAUGAAGUUAUAAGCAUUAGUCGAACAUCUCAUGUUAAUGUUGUUAGACUACUGGGGUUUUGCUUAGAGGGCAACGAGAAGGCUCUUAUCUAUGAAUUCAUGGUGAAUGGUUCCUUGGAAAAAUUCAUAUACAAUGAGAAAAAUUUGCAGUCUAGUCAAUGUUUAGGAUGGGAAAAAAUGUAUGAAAUCGCUAUCGGAAUAACUCGAGGAUUAGAGUACUUGCAUCGUGGUUGCAGCACAAGAAUUUUGCAUUUUGAUAUAAAGCCUCACAACAUUCUUCUUGAUGAAAAUCUGUGUCCAAAGAUCUCUGAUUUUGGCCUUGCAAAAUUAUGCCUCAACAAAGAGAGCAUUGUGUCGAUGUUAGAGGCUAGGGGGACAAUUGGGUAUAUUGCUCCAGAAGUAUUUAUGCGAAACUUUGGAGAAGUUUCACAUAAAUCUGAUGUUUACAGCUACGGAAUGAUGAUCCUAGAGAUGGUUGGAGGAAGAAAGAGCCAAGAUGCUGAAGGUGCUCUUCAUUCCAGUGAAAUGUAUUUUCCACAUUGGAUUUACAAGCAUCUUGAGCAAGGCAAAGAGUUAAAAUGGCAUGGAGUUAAUAACAAUGAGGAAAAUGAAAUUGCAAAGAAGAUGAUUAUUGUUGGUUUAUGGUGCAUACAGACACGACCAUCGGAUAGGCCAUCCAUGAAUAAGGUCUUAGACCUUUUACAAGCAAGUUCUGAAGACUUGCCAAUUCCACCUGAGCCUUUUUUAUCUUCUCCUCCUAGAUUGCGAGUAUUUUCUUCAACUACAUCUAUAUCAUGAAACUUGUAUGAAACGUUUCGGAGGCGUUUCAAAAUUUUUCAAAAAUUUUGAAAUGCAUCUUUUUUUAAAGAAAAAUCAUGAAAUCAAUUAAACACACAUAUUUAAUAUUUUCAAA